AUGUGGAACCAUUUAACUGCUUUAUAUGCAGCUCUAUGCGCCAACAACAAGGGGGAAGAGAUAAAAAAGACAGUGGAGAUCAAUAUUGAUAAAUGCUUGGACGUGGUUGCCACUUUGGAGGAAGGGGGUACUGGCGAGGCCUUUAUGGCUGAUUUUGAAGUCUCUGAAGGCUUAUAUUCACGGGCUCGCAUUGAGGAUAACGAUUCAGUUUGUUCAUGGCUGGGAGAAAAUCUCAUGUUGGAAUAUUCAUGUGAAGAGGCCACUUCGCUACUGAAAAAGAAUUCGGAAAACGCUAAAGCAAGCCUGAAAGUUCUUAUAGCUGAUUUGCAGUUCUUGGGAGAUCAUUGA